CCCAGUGAACCCAGAACAGAGGACACCUGUGAUUAUUAUUUAUAAACUAUUAUUAUUACUAUUUUCUUAUACCUAUGACUUAAUACUACUUAUUCACUAAUUAUUAUUUUUAUAUCUACUGGACUAUCGGUUACACUUAAAACUAGUAUGCUUAAAAACUAGGACUAAAAUUCUAAAUAUUAUGUUCCUUUGUUUAAACAAAUUAAUUACUACUGUACUUAUACUACUCUAUUAUCUAUUUACUUAAAAACUAUUACUUAUGUUUCUAUUUAAUAUGACUUAUACUUUUGUAUAUAAUACUUUCUUUUUUUUCUUUUCUUUCUUACUUUAAUAUAAACAUUAUUAUUUUUCCUUAACAAUGAGUUAUUAUUAUUAUUUACACUUAUAAGGCUGUGCUUUUAAAAUCUAAGUCGAAUGAAUAUACCGGGAUAUAAAAUUAUAUGGAUGUACGGUAUAAGUAUGUGAAUGCGCGACCGAGCGAAAAUUAUUCUAAGUCCUGAGCACCAAAAUCAAAGGAAAUAAAAUAAAAACGCUUAUAUAGGUUUCGAAUAAGACGUUUAAAAGUUUUAAGAGAUUGAAAGAAUUAUAAAAUGAACAGAAAUACGAGAAAUAUUGGUGAAAUUAAAAUAAACUUUAAUAUUUCAAUCGUUCAUUCUUUCAUUCUCUAUCCGUCCGCGCGGAUUAUCGUCGCUUGUACGGCUAAGUUCUCGGGACUUAGUAUUUAUUUAACAGCUUACACGAAUUCUUUUCUUUUAAAUUCAAUUUUACUUUGGAUAAAAUUAUUUUUACUCGAUUUCCUUUGACUUUUUAACUCAGGACUUAGAAAAUAUUUCACAACAGUAUACUCUUGAUGUCAACAACAGAGGGCGAAGGAAUUUAUUCCCGUCCGCAGUUGCAGCGGGUAGAUAUACUGAUAAAACCGCGCAUUUAAGCCCGUAGAGGCAACUUAGUCUCCCGAGAGGUUGUCAAGGAAGGCCAUUCCAGUCAACCAAGAAGGAAGUCACUUACCAGGAGUCCGACCGGGCCAGAUGCAAUCUUCAACUAUCCAAGAGUUCACGAUGGAAGAGGAGAUAGAGCUGUUGGAGCAAAUGGUACAACGUCAGCCGUGCCUGAUUUUGGAACCAAUCGCCGAGCCGUCCACCGAGACAAUCACGACAACCACCACACCCCCGCCUACCACCGCAGCAAAGACAGCAACCAACGCCAAGAAAACACCCGGAGUCCACGUGCGAGAAAUCCAGGAGGUCAGACUACAUUUAGUCAAAAAGGUCGAGCCAUACGACCCGACCAAGCCCGGAUUUAAGAGACCAACCAAACGGCCCAUAAUCCGACCGGCCAGCGCCAGUUUAGUGGGACUCGCGAAGCCAGUGACAGCCACCAACCCGGGCCCACGCAUACGCAGUCCCCAGUUGGCAGCUAAACCACCUCAGAGGGCAGAAAAGCCGCUUGAAGUGCCACCAACCACGGCACCGACCGACACAACCGAAGUUUGGCCUGCUCGAGCGACCACCAGUUUCCCCAAGCGAAAGCGGAGGGUUGGGGAAAAUAGUCAGCUCAGGAAGUGGCCCAAACUGGACUCACCUCCAAAGAAUGGCUUCCGUUUGGAACCAGCCACCACGGUUGCCAAGAAAUCUGGCAUAAGGAGAUCCGAGGCACCUAAAAAAGGGAAAAGAGUUGUCACCAACCCGGGCCCACUCAAGAUGAGCAGUCCCCAGUUGGCCAUGACAAUGCCGAAGCCGACCACCAGCAGUACCCUCGAGCAGCCGGGAGUCGCCAUUGAAACUGGAAGGAAAAUAGGAGUGGUUAUUACCAACCCGGGCCCACGCGUACGCAGUCCCCAGCUGGAAACAACCACAGCAACCUGGCUCGAGUACGACGAUGCACCACUAUUGUCCGAGUACCCGAGCCAGUUUGAGUCACUGCCAGGAGAUCUUUUUGAACCACCAAGGAAGAUACGGACACCUCUGGAAAGACUCCUGUUAUCCUUGACACCACUGGCAGAGGUACAGCCGAAAGUGGUUAAGAAAAAGGCAGUUUUUACCGCGUACGACGAUGCAUUAAGCCUGUACAAGGUGACUAGGUGCAAGUUUUCGGUGACACCCAAGAUCGAGUCAAUGAGAAAGACGGCCUGGGACAUGCUGGCCAGAAUCCGGGAACGGGAAGAAUAAAAAGGCAGGAAGAAAAGAGGAUAGCAGGCUAUCCCCUUUUCUUUGUUGAGGUGGGAGGGGUGUGAUGGUGGAGUGACCCAGUGAACCCAGAACAGAGGACACCUGUGAUUAUUAUUUAUAAACUAUUAUUAUUACUAUUUUCUUAUACCUAUGACUUAAUACUACUUAUUCACUAAUUAUUAUUUUUAUAUCUACUGGACUAUCGGUUACACUUAAAACUAGUAUGCUUAAAAACUAGGACUAAAAUUCUAAAUAUUAUGUUCCUUUGUUUAAACAAAUUAAUUACUACUGUACUUAUACUACUCUAUUAUCUAUUUACUUAAAAACUAUUACUUAUGUUUCUAUUUAAUAUGACUUAUACUUUUGUAUAUAAUACUUUCUUUUUUUUCUUUUCUUUCUUACUUUAAUAUAAACAUUAUUAUUUUUCCUUAACAAUGAGUUAUUAUUAUUAUUUACACUUAUAAGGCUGUGCUUUUAAAAUCUAAGUCGAAUGAAUAUACCGGGAUAUAAAAUUAUAUGGAUGUACGGUAUAAGUAUGUGAAUGCGCGACCGAGCGAAAAUUAUUCUAAGUCCUGAGCACCAAAAUCAAAGGAAAUAAAAUAAAAACGCUUAUAUAGGUUUCGAAUAAGACGUUUAAAAGUUUUAAGAGAUUGAAAGAAUUAUAAAAUGAACAGAAAUACGAGAAAUAUUGGUGAAAUUAAAAUAAACUUUAAUAUUUCAAUCGUUCAUUCUUUCAUUCUCUAUCCGUCCGCGCGGAUUAUCGUCGCUUGUACGGCUAAGUUCUCGGGACUUAGUAUUUAUUUAACAGCUUACACGAAUUCUUUUCUUUUAAAUUCAAUUUUACUUUGGAUAAAAUUAUUUUUACUCGAUUUCCUUUGACUUUUUAACUCAGGACUUAGAAAAUAUUUCACAACAGUAUACUCUUGAUGUCAACAACAGAGGGCGAAGGAAUUUAUUCCCGUCCGCAGUUGCAGCGGGUAGAUAUACUGAUAAAACCGCGCAUUUAAGCCCGUAGAGGCAACUUAGUCUCCCGAGAGGUUGUCAAGGAAGGCCAUUCCAGUCAACCAAGAAGGAAGUCACUUACCAGGAGUCCGACCGGGCCAGGUAAGCGAAAUCUAUUUCUCUCGAGGAGGUUUUAAGGGACCCCACUCCAAGGCCUUCUGCUAAGGGGUGGUAGGCGAUACUAUCCGCGUAGGUGGGGGUUUGUUGGAGGCCAUCCACUCACCCUCUGGGAUGGGACUUCGUGUAGGGCCGACGGGGUAGUCGACCAGACUCCCCUGAAGCAACCGGGAAUGGGGGUAGACCGCGAUUUUAGACCGCGAAUCUGUUAGGUAUGUGUGUGUGUGUGUGUAUAUGUUGUGUGACCGCGUGGAAUUAUUAAUAACCAGCGGCAUUUUUGUUAUUAAACCGCGUUAAAAGUAUGGAUAUUAUUUUAUUGUAAAGGUAGUAGAACUGAGCAUCGGAGCUCAUGUAAAAAAGGUUUUGUUUACUUUCUUAUUUAAAUAAAGUUUGAUUAUUUGUUUAUUUGUAAAACUGCGUAUAAAUUAAAGACCCCUUUUGAACCCUGGACUCCGGCGAGCUAAACCAAGCAAGAAGGGGUAACUGUUUAUAAUUGUUUAACAAAUUACUUAUUCAUCUAAGUUCUGAU